AUGAUGUCCUACAUAAAGCAACCCCAUUACGCCAUGAACGGGUUAAAUCUGCCCGGGCCAGGAAUGGACCUACUACACACCACGGUAGCGUACCCAUCCACUCCCCGCAAGCAGCGUAGGGAGCGCACCACCUUCACCCGCACACAGCUGGACAUCCUGGAGGCUCUCUUCUCCAAGACCCGCUACCCGGACAUCUUCAUGAGAGAGGAGGUGGCCCUCAAGAUAAACCUGCCCGAGUCACGUGUUCAGGUAUGGUUCAAAAACCGCCGUGCCAAGUGUCGUCAGCAGCAGCAGCAGAGCAGUGGCCAGUCCAAGCCCCGUCCGCCCAAGAAGAAGGCCUCCCCGGCCCAGGAGCCCAGCGCCCCCGACCCAGUGGCCAACCCUUCGGGCUCUUACAGCCCCUCUCCUGCCCCGUCCGGCCCCACUUUGGCUCCAAGCUCCAGCACCGGAAACACAUCCGUGUCUAUCUGGAGCCCGGCCAUCUCUCCCCUUCCCGAUCCCCUGGCCUCCUCCUCUGCUCCUUGCAUGCAGCGGCCCUCGCCCUACCCCAUGAGCUACGGCCAGCCCUCGGCCUACAGCCAGGGCUACGCCGGCACCACCUCCUACUUCACUGGCCUGGACUGCAGCGCCUACCUGUCGCCCAUGCACACACAGCUGUCCGGCACCGGGGGUGCUCUCAGUCCCAUCACUGUGCCCUCGAUGGGGAGCUCCCUGAGCCAAUCGCCAGCCUCACUAUCCUCCCAGGGCUACGGCACCGCCUCCUCCCUGGGCUUCACCUCCGUCGACUGCCUGGACUACAAAGACCAGCAGGCCUGGAAGCUGGGUUUCACCACAAUGGACUGUCUGGACCACAAAGACCAGAACUCCUGGAAGUUCCAGGUCCUCUAG